CAUAUAUAUAAUUAAUGCAUGUGUAUUUAAGAUUUCUGUCAAUGUAUAAUGAAAGCGACUUUCUUCAUACUUUCUCGCUUUUAACAGUUUACGUUUUAUACAAGAGAUCAGUUUUCUACAGUCCAUCGCAUGCUUUAAAUGUCGUGUCGUGUCUCACGCUAAUUCGUUAAUUGUCAUACAGGAAAAGAGUAUAAUUAUAUUAUUAAUUAUAAUAAUUAUUAACUAUAAUAAUUACACUAUUAACUAUUUAAGCAAAAAGAGAUAAAUAAGAGAAUAAACGAAGUGUCUAUCUGGAAAUAUGGGAAUCUUUACGCGAUCAGUUUUGGAAAUUUCGGAUUCUCCGAAAGAGGCGCUGGCAAUGGCAACUAACGUAUCGUCACAGAUACAUCAUGUGUCUAGAGCGAAACGGGGACAAGCAAUCGGCUCUGUCCGAGGAUUUUGUGGGUGUACAAUUUGGAUGACAGGGCUUUCCGGUGCCGGGAAAACUUCCAUUUCUUUUCGACUUGAAGAAUAUCUUGUUUCUCAAGGAAUUCCUGCGUACAGCUUGGAUGGCGACAACAUACGCACUGGUCUGAAUAGUAAUCUGGGCUUCAGCAAAGAGGACCGCGAAGAGAAUGUGCGUCGUGUCGCCGAAGUCGCGAGGCUCUUCGCGGAUGCUGACAUCAUCACCCUCUGUAGCUUCGUAUCGCCGUUCGCGGAGGAUCGGAAAAUGGCACGCGAGAUUCACAGAAAUGCCGAUUUGUCCUUCUUCGAGGUAUUUGUCGAGGCGUCUCUUGAGGUAUGCGAGUCCCGCGACGUCAAGGGGCUUUAUAAAAAGGCGCGCCAGGGUAUCAUAAAGGGUUUCACCGGUAUCGAUCAGAAUUACGAUGUGCCGAUCACGCCUGAUCUCAUCGUCAACACAGAGAAUGCCACCGUUCAACAAUCCACCGAUCUCGUUAUCGAUUUUCUCCAGCGCAAACAUGUUAUACCAAAAUUGGACGACUCUAAGCAACCUUUCCAGGAGCUGUUCGUGAAGGAGGAUAGAUUAGAAGAUGUCCGAAAGGAAAUGAGAACUCUUCCAGCCUUGGAGAUCGGAGAGAUAGAUGUGCAAUGGGUCCAAGUUCUUGCUGAAGGAUGGGGGACACCUCUAAAAGGAUUUAUGAGGGAGCAUGAAUAUCUUCAAACGCAACAUUUCAAUUGUCUAUAUGAAAACGGAGUUCAAAUCAAUCAAUCAAUACCCAUUGUUCUUGCCAUAAGUACCGUCGAUAAAGAACGCUAUUUCGAUGCAAAUGCGCUUGUUCUCAGAUAUCAAGGUAAAAAUCUUGCAAUAUUGCGCAAUCCGGAAUUUUACCAUCACCGUAAGGAAGAACGUUGCUGUCGACAAUUCGGCACAAACGAUUCUAGACAUCCGUAUGUUCGAAUAAUUCGGGAAUCCGGCGACUGGUUGGUUGGCGGCGACUUGGAAGUGGUUGAAAGAAUUCGAUGGAACGAUGGUCUGGAUCAUUACAGACUCACGCCUAACGAGAUCAGGAUCAGGUGUCAGGAGAUUGGCGCCGACGCGGUUUUUGCUUUCCAAUUGCGAAAUCCGAUACACAAUGGACAUGCGUUGUUGAUGCAGGACACUAGAAAAUACCUUAUUGAAGAGCGUGGCUUCAAGAAACCAGUUCUUCUCCUGCAUCCUCUAGGUGGAUGGACUAAAGACGACGAUGUUCCUUUACCGAUUAGAAUACAACAGCAUCAGGCUGUCCUCGAGGAAAAUAUUUUGCACAAGGAUACUAUUCUCGCUAUUUUUCCGAGUCCUAUGUGUUACGCUGGUCCUACCGAAGUGCAAUGGCAUGCCAAAACUCGUAUGAUCGCAGGGGCAAAUUUCUAUAUCGUUGGUAGAGAUCCCGCCGGAGUGCCGCAUCCUGAUAAAUCCAGUACACCGGAUGGCAAUCUUUAUGACGCCACUCAUGGCGCACGCGUCCUUUCAAUGGCACCAGGCUUGCAAAAUCUUGAAAUUAUCCCUUUUAGGGUAGCUGCCUACGACACUAAAGCGAAAAAAAUGUCUUUCUUCGAAGCUGAACGGCAGCAAGAUUUUAUUUUUAUCUCCGGCACUAAAAUGCGCGCUUUGGCCAAAAAUGGGGAAGAUCCUCCCGAAGGUUUCAUGGCGCCGAAAGCAUGGAAAAUUAUCGCAAAAUAUUAUCAAACUGCGCACACAUGAAGACGAAUUAUCGGAAUAAAUAAUUGAUAUUUUUGUAAAUGACAUAAUAUAACUGAUACUUUUUUAUAUUGUAUACAUACAACAUUGAUAUU